UUUGAGUGUGAUCAAUGUCUUUAUGAAACAUCCAAAUUUUUGCAGUUAGUUGAGCACAAACGACGUAUCCACUUAACAAAAACAUUUACAUGUGAAAUUUGCUUUAAAGAAUUUGGAUACCGGAAAGAUUUACGCCGUCAUAUGAUAUGCCAUUCAAAAGCUGAAAAUUGUUGUAAUAUAUGUGGCAAAAUGUACAAGGAUGUGAAAAGGCUGACUGAUCAUAAGAAGAUUCAUACAGAAGGCUACAUAAAACCUCAAUUCUCUUGUAAAUUUUGUUCUAAAUCUUUCAGCACAAAAUAUGUCCUGGCUUACCAUAUAAAAUCGAAUCACUUGGGAAUGAAACGUUCUUACAUUUGCCCUACAUGUGGUAAAAGCUUUUCCCAAAAAAGCUCUUACCUCCAGCAUGCUAAUGUUCAUAUGGGAAUACGGCCUUACUCAUGUGAAGAGUGUGGAAAGACAUUCUCUUAUGUGAAAUCAUUGAAAGAGCACAGGUUUAUGCACAAGGAUGAAAGAGUGUUUACAUGUAAUAUUUGUGAAAAAUCAUUUCAGCAAGCAUCGGGCUUAGCUAUUCAUGCUAAAGUUCACAAAGCCACAAAAGAUUAUGUGUGUUCAAUGUGUGGUAAAGGUUUCAGUCAAAGACAAGCAAUGGUACGACAUGAGCGGAUUCAUGCUGGAGAAAAACCCUAUGAAUGUGGUAUGUGCCGCAGAGCAUUCGCUGACUCAUCUGUUCUUCGUAGACAC